AUGUGCUCAGAGUGUGGAAUUAAAUUCAGUCUGCAAAGCCAUCUUCGACGGCAUCAAAGAAUCCACACAGGGGAGAAACCUUUUGAAUGCUCAGAGUGUGGAAAGAGAUUCAUUUGGGGUAGCCAUCUUCAACAGCACCAAAGAACCCACACAGGGGAGAAACCUUUCACAUGCUCAAAAUGUGGAAUUAAAUUCGGUCGGCAAUGCCAUCUUCGACAGCAUCAAAUCAUCCACACAGGGGAGAAACCUUUUGAAUGCUUAGUGUGUGAAAAGAAAUUCAGUAGGAGUAGCAACCUUCGAAAGCACCAAAGAACGCACACAGGGGAGAAGCCUUUUGAAUGCUCAGAAUGUGGAAAGAGAUUCAGUCAGAGUAGCGAGUUCCAACGGCACCAAAGAACCCAUACAGGGGAAAAACCUUUCAAAUGCCCAGAGUGUGGAAUGAGAUUCGGUCGGCAAACCCAUCUUCGACGACACCAAAGAACCCACACAGGGGAGAAACCUUUCAAAUGCUCAGAGUGUGGAAAGAGAUUCAGGUUUCGUAGUGGUUUUCAAAGACAUUGGAGAACCCACACAGGGGAGAAACCUUAUGAAUGCUCAGAAUGUGGGAAGAGAUUCAGUCAGCUUUGCAGUCUUCGACGGCAUCUUAGAACCCACACAGGAGAGAAACCUUUUGAAUGCUUAGAGUGUGGGAAGAGAUUCCGUUAG